AUGACCGUGGAUGUUCGCUCCAACCAAGGACCCGCGGUUCCAGCCCAGUGGCUUCGCCGGACGCCGAAGGAGGCAUCCUUUGAAGAGAUACGCAGAAGGUUGAGAGAAGAUGGCUACGUUUAUGUCAAGAACCUCCUGCCAAGGGACGAUGUACAGAAAGUCCGCGAGGAGUACUUCAAGUUAUACGAGCCGACCGGAAUAAUCAAGCCUGGAUCGGCACUUGAAGAUGGGAUUUUUAAUGAUUCGAAUGACCCGCUUGAACAUGGCGGGAUAGGAGCCGGGGAACUUCCACCAACCACCGAGCAGGUGCAAGCCAUGAUCGAUGCCCAUACACAGCCGAAGUACCUACAGCUUAUGGAACAUCCUAAUCUCCGAUCCUUCGUCAAGGGAAUUAUGGAAUGGAAGAAGGAAAUCCUGCUCAAACGUACCAUGAUCAGACACAAUGCUCCACAUGCGCUCAGCACUGGUGUACACUAUGACAAGUUGUUUCUUAGAAAAGGAGAAGCUGAAUUCCUAACGGCGUGGGUGCCCAUCGGAGAUAUUAGGGCUGACGGGGGCGGCCUGAUGUAUCUUGGCAAUUCCGUCCAAGUGGGACGUGAGAUUGAGGCGGAUUUUACCCGUCGCGCCAAGGAUCUGUCUGAAGAAGAGCGUCUGAGCGCAUUCAACGUACACAUGGAAAAAUAUGGGCAGUUGUCGCAGAAUGCAAAUGAGUUUGGCAGGGCUCACCAGACAAACGGUGGGGUAGGUGAUCGGCGCUGGCUUGUGGCUAAUUACGAUGCGGGCGACGUGGUAUUUCAUGACCCGUAUAUUGUGCAUGCAAGCUCAAAGAACGAGGGCCAUGAUGGGCGGAUUCGGGUCAGCACAGACCUUCGAUUUUACGAAGAGGGGAGUGACAUGGAUGACCGUUGGAUGCAACUAUGGACACCUGGGGACGGGCUGUAA